AUGGCUAUUAAGUCUGAGCCCGGCCUUAGACAAACUGCGACUCCAAGCCCCAGCCCACCAAGACCAGCACGGUAUGCGCCAGCAACGAAUGCAGCGCCAAUUGCCGGUUCCAGCAAUUCCCUUUCGUCAAGUGUCUAUGCCACACCAACCGCAUCAACAGGACUCUCCCAAUUCCAACUUGACUGCCUGGAGUCGCGUAAGCGACUCUUCGCCGACGAUGACGAUGAUGACACCAACAACAACCAAGCCAUAAAGAUCGAAGGACGACCAAUCAAGCGCAUACGCUACCACCUACACACGACACCCAUCAAGCCCUCAGAAGAACCCCCCAAGCCCCAACUCCCAGAAAUUCCCAACCCUCGGGACCCCCGCGUGGACCUCCUCCAAGUCUGCGCCGCAAAGGGCAACUUCACGCCCUACGAGCUGGAAAAAUACAAAGCCGUGCAGCCCAAGGUCGACAGCGUCGUGUACCAAAAAGCGAUGGCGUUGUUUAACCUGCUCCAGGAUCUUGAAAGUAGGUUUGGUAAUGAUCCGCCAAAGUGCUAUCCUCUUUCGUCAGCGCAGAAGGAGAGGAUCGCCAAGUUGCAGAGGAUUAUGGAUACGGGGGUUAUUCCGCCGCCGGAGAAGGAGGGAGAGAAGGAGAAGGGUGGGAAUGGGAGGAGGAGGAAUAGGAGGGGUGGGCGGAGGCAUGGGAAUAAGGGUAAGGAGGGUGUAAAGACGGAGCCUAGUAGUUAG